GAUGAACCUUCUGAUACUGGACUAAACAAGUGGAAAUGUAGAUGCUCUUCAUUACAAGGGAACAAGAUAUACUCUCUUGCUAAUUGUUCCAAGUCAUGUGAUUGCCAUCCAGGCAAAAUUCAUGGUAGAUUGCCAAAAACUAAUUGGAUAUGCUUAAGGUACAGGCCAAGCCUCAUUCUCCCAAUGUAAUGUUGUAAAAAACUAAAGUUCAAAACAUUGGCACUUUAACAUGAAAAUAACUUAUUGUACCAACUUUUUACUUUUUUAAGAUGGCAGUGUAGAGUUAUAGUCACUUAAUUGAUGAUAUGCUUAUGGUAGGAAUGGUGUACGUAUUCACCACUUAGGUGAUUGAUAUGGUUAUGACAAGAAUGCAGUAUGGGUUCCCUAUUUUAAGAGAAAGAGGGGAGACUGUGGUCACAUCCUGAAUAUACUUUGGUAACUGCUUUACCUUCCAUGUAGAUGCUGAAGAGAAUGCAUCCAUAUGGACAUGCGAAUGUGAUCCAAACGGGUUUCCUAAAGUGACAGCAGAUGUCCAUAACCUUAGUUGUUUUAAUGCCUGCAAUUGCACCUGGGGUAUUUUUCCUUCUUUCUCUUUUGCUUCCAUCUUGAUUGUUCACUGAUUCAUAAUUUCUAAAAGGAGUACGAUCGACUAAUGUUAAACCAGUCAUUAUUAUGCAUAGAACAAAAAUUCAUAUUUCCGUAUGUAAAAAAGAUUUGGUUUAAAUUGUGGUAGCAUUGUAAUUACGGGAAUUGUGUACUGUUGUUGGAAAAUGCAGUUGAUGCAACGGCAGUUGUGGUAUGGAAACUUCCAAAACCACCAGAUUUUUCAACUUCUUUAAAGCCUUUUUCAACUCUCAAUUAUGAAGGUUUAGAACAGGAUUUUCCAUAACAUAUAACUUCCUACUAUUAAGGAUUUUCUCUUUAACGCAGUUUUAUUGAUGGUGGCAUAACUUUGUGCCUUCUUGUAGAAACUAAAUGGCUUUUCCUCAGAUCAAGGUACUUAGUUUAAUUUAUAAUUUUGAGUGUUCUGCAGGAACUGUCAGGAAGCCACUAGGUUCAAAGAAACAAAUUUCGAGCAAGAUUGUAGUAAUUUUUCUAUCAAUAUGUGUUAUAUGCACAACUAUUGCAUUUCUUACCUCAGUUGUAUGUCAUGUCUACCGAAGGGACAAAGGUCCUAUUCAAUCACCAAUGAUCUCAUCAGAUAAAGAAACAAGUUACAGUAGUACCACCAACUUGAUUAGUCAUAGGACUUCUUCAGUGCCAGAAACAAAAGUUGCUAUAACUUCUCCUAUUAGUCAUAUUACAGGAUGCUUUCAGAAGGCCGCUUUGUUGUUUGGGAGCCAAAGAGAAACCUUUCAUGGAAAUAUUAUUCAAUUUUCGUUUGCUGAACUGGAAAAUGCCACUGAAAACUUCUCAACUUCCAACCUAAUUGGACUAGGUGGAAGUAGUUACGUUUACCGUGGUCGGCUGAAAGAUGGUAGUAAUGUGGCAGUCAAGAGAAUAAAAGAUCAAAGAGGGCCUGAGGCAGACUCUGAAUUUUUUACAGAGAUUGAACUAUUGUCUAGACUUCAUCAUUGCCAUCUGGUGCCAUUGGUGGGAUACUGCUCAGAAUUAAAAGGAAAAAAUGUUCAAAGGCUGCUAGUAUUUGAAUACAUGACUAAUGGAAAUUUGAGGGACAGGUUAGAUGGAAUUCUUGGACAAAAAAUGGAUUGGUCAACUCGCGUUACAAUUGCAUUAGGAGCUGCAAGGGGCUUGGAGUAUCUUCAUGAAGCUGCUGCUCCAAGAAUUCUGCACAGAGAUGUCAAAUCAACAAACAUUCUUCUGGAUAAAAAUUGGCAAGCAAAAAUAACUGAUCUUGGUAUGGCUAAAAACUUGAGAGCUGAUGACCACCCUAGUUGUUCUGAUUCUCCAGCAAGAAUGCAAGGAACAUUUGGUUAUUUUGCACCUGAGUAUGCAAUUGUUGGGAGAGCCUCUCUUGAGUCAGAUGUCUUCAGUUUUGGAGUGGUUCUUCUUGAGCUUAUAAGUGGUCGGCAACCCAUCCAUAAAUCUGCAGGCAAAGAAGAAAGUCUUGUUAUAUGGGCAACUUCACGCUUACAGGAUAGUAGGCGAGCAUUAACGGAGUUGGCUGAUCCACAAUUGAACGGGAACUUCCCUGAAGAAGAGCUGCAGAUAAUGGCAUACUUAGCAAAGGAGUGCUUGCUGUUGGAUCCUGACACUCGACCAACUAUGAGUGAAGUUGUUCAAAUUCUUUCAAGUAUUUCCCCGGGAAAAUCUAGAAGGAGAAGAACCAUUCCAGUGAGCCCUUUUCAGGUUCUUAACUGCAGUGUUCUAGUUUGGACAUUGAACAUGUUUCUUAUCUUUCAAAAUUUUUGGUUGAUACUUAGACUUAUUUUAGCUGCCAUUAUAGAUCAUCCUCACUUUGUAAUAGAAGCAAAUCAUAUCCUGACUUUUUUUUAUGCUGAGCAUGUAAAGGAACCAGAGGACUUGGAGAAGCAAAGACAAGCCCCACCAAGUAUAUUUCCAUCUCGUAAUUUAUUGCCACUAGAUAUUGACCAUAAUCUUCAUGUGGGGAACGAAAAUAAAGAUGUACAUACAGUUUCAUCUGAGCAUCUGAAGAGUUUGAUGCUCUUUACUUCAAAAGGUGAGAGCUGGCAUGCAUCAGAUGAAGAAAUGGUAGAUUUAACCGAGCCUCGUUUUGAAUCAUUUUAUAUGAUAAACGACAAUUUCCCUUGAUGAUAAAUAGAGAGCAGAAGAAGUUUGAGGAAUUUAUAUUGUGGACUGGUGGUACAGCUCUGUAGCUUAUACUUCCCUAUGUACUGUAAGUGGGAUAUCUUAGAGGAUGCAAUCUUGUAAUAGAGUAUGCUCAUCUAAAUUUUUUUCACUUUCCUUUGAAAAAUCUUGUACAUACGUGGUUUUAGAUAUCACUGAAAUAAAUUUGCUUAACUGUUGUACAGAAAAAGCAUAGGUGGUUCUGCUUCUACUUUAUUUGGAGAAGAAUUUGAAUGUGAUAUUUGUAAAGUCAGAAGUCAAAUUGCAAUCAGCAAUAACAUAGUACCACUGACCUUUGAACCUGUUAAAUUGAAUAUUAUAGAUGUUGUUGCCCACA